AUGAAUGAAAUGAAUUCGGAGGAUGCUUCCAUGCAAGUUUCCGAAAAUGUUCAACAAGAAAACAAUGACCAAGAGUACCAAUUUGGAGAGUUUAUAAACUCGUAUACAUUCCCCCAAUCGAUUCAUUCUUUACACUUGAACACAACGAUGGACAUUUUGCUCGUAAAUAAUUUUCUAUAUCGAAUCCCGAGCAUGGAAAGGCUGUUAGUGAUACCUGGAGAUGACAACACCUCCCAUAACAAUAGGUUUAGCCCUUGUGGAGAAUAUUUAGUCAAAUUGAAGCAUGAUGGUGGUGAGCUGGCAUUAUUUCGCAUUGAUAACAAAUUGGAGGAGAUUCCUUUGAUGGGAAGUUACAAAAUCGAUGGAGAGGUCUAUGACAUGGAAUGGAUAAGUUUGGAUUACAAACACAGAGAGCACUUCGUUGAGCAUUUACUGAUGAAAUAUGAUCCAAAUGCUACUACCGUAGUGGCAUCCUCGACUGAGAAUGCAUUGAAUCAACAACAGCCACCAACAUUGUUGGACCCUUCUCGUAUCAAAUUUGAAACAUGCAGCAAUUUACUAGCUAUGUAUGUGAAAGGUUCUGAUUCAACCAGUAACGUCGUCAUAUUUUUGAAUGGUAAAUUACCCAUCUUGAAAUUAGAAAGUAAUGAAAAAAUUACCAAAUUUAAGCUCGGAAAAGAAAUAUUUUCACUGCUGGAUUCUUAUAACAAAUCUUUACAUAUUGUACCUAUUUUGGAAAACCUAAAGGCAUGCUCGGAUGAUAUUUCCAAAGCAUGGAAUGACUUUUUUGCUAAUCCCAUGUUUCAAAAAUUACAAUACGUGGAUAUUUUUGAAUUGAUGGCAACUAGGUUAAACUAUAUCAACAUGGAAAUAUUUUCUAGUGUUCAAGACAACUUUUACUCUAAACUAUACCUCUCAUUAUUACAUCUUAUAGAAAAGAUUGAUUCUAUUUUUUUAUUGAUGAUUUCAUAUAUUGAAUAUUUAGUGUCUAGCAUUGAAGACUUGCCUCUGGAUACGUUUUAUGUAAUGCUGAUUGAAACGUACCAAUCGUGGAAAACAGAAACCUGUGAGAAUAUUAACCUCGACAAGUUACAAUCUCAAAAAUUUCUAAAAACAAACCACAAAUAUUGUAAAAACAGUGCAGAGUAUUAUUAUUAUGUGAGUGACAACACUCUCUAUAUUUUUCAUGAAAGAGAUGACGAAAGACAACCUUUCCAAAUUAUAUGUGGACUUGUUGAUGAUGAUAUUACAGAAUUGUAUUUGUACAAGGAAAAUAGAUUUAUUGCCCAUUCUCCUCACACUGUUCUGUAUCUUGCAGACAACAAUAUUUUCAAGUAUGCCCAAUUCGAAGACAGUAUUUCAAAGUUUACCAUAUCCACUCACAGAAAUUUAUUUGCCAUUUGCUUGUCGUCCAAUGAUCGAAUGUUUUCCGUGUAUGAAAUUACUGAUUAA